CCUAGCAGUGUCACCUGUCAGUGUCCAUCAGUGCCAGCUCUCAGUGCUCAUCCAUGCUACCUGCCAGUGCCAGUCAGUGCCACCUAUCAAUGCCAGUCAGUGCCACCUAUCAGUGCUGCCGAUCAGUGCCACCUAUCAGUGCCAUCAGUGCUGCCUAUCAGUGUGCAUCAGUGCCUCCUAUCUGUGUCUGUCAGUGCUGCCUAUCAGUGCCACCUAACAGUGCCAGUCAGUGCCACCUAACAGUGCCAGUUAGUGCCGUCUAUCAGUGCCACCUAUCAGUGCUGCCCAUCAGUGCCAUAUAUCAGUGCUGCCUUUCAGUGCCCAUCAGUGAUGCCUGUCAAUGCCCAUCAGUGCCACUUACCAGUGCCUCCUCAUCAGUGCCCAUCAGUGCCACCUAUUAGUGUCCAUCAGUGCAGCCUAUCAG